AUGCCGAGACCAUCUUACGCAGCCUUACGGGCCGAAUUGGAGCUCACUCGGCUCUAUCUCACUCAGGCCCAUCGGGCAGGAGUUUUGGAACGGCAACGUCGGCCUCCGCCAGGAGUCGACGCCGCCACUCAGACCGAGCCGACGAGCGCCCAUCAAGACUGUGCUACCCAGGUGGAUUGGCCUCCUCUCGCCCCUCCUCCGUCUCCGCCGCAACAGCCUGCUCCCGAGCCUGCAGUCGACGUUAUCUGCGCCGAGUGGCCGGAGCACCUGGAACUGGUGGACACGUCCGCUCGCCCUGCCUCUCCUGACCUCCGAGCGCUCUUGGCGGCUCCUCCGACAGACCCGCCCCCAGCCGCUCUUCCACGGCUGAGCAUCAUCAGCAGGAAGAUAGCAGCGGGCCAAGCCGCUCGGCCAGAGUCCCGCAAGGUCUUGCUGGUCUCUCCGACCAAACGGAAGGCGUCGCCCUCGCCAGCCGUCAGGAAGCGGACCGCCCCGCAAAAACCCGGGAUCCCGAAGCCUAAGAUUGUCCGCAACGAGCUCCUCAGGACUCCGCUGCGACUUCCACCGAGGAAGAAGGUGGCUCACGCCCCUCAUCCUCCGGUGUCCUUAGCCGAGGGAAAGAUAGCUGAAGCGGCCAUUGAUCUAACGAUCACCGACUAA